AUGGAAAAAAAUUAUAAAAAAUAUUUAUUUAAAAGACAUAAUAAUGAUGAUGGAUCAGAUGAAGAGAACCUUGUGGAAGGAAAAAGUGAUGCAGCAACAGAGAAAAUAUCAAUAUCAAAGAAUUACAAUAAAAAAGAACCAGAAGAAAACACCCGAAACGUUGUUGUUGACAAUGAUUUAGAAAUUUUUGAAGAAGAAAACGUGAUAGAAGAUGAUCCAAAAUUAUGGCCAAAUAAAAAGAAAGCCAGUAUAAUGUUUCUAGUUUCAAUUUCUGGAAUGAUUGCUCCUAUUGCAAACACAAUAUUUUUCCCAGCCAUAAUAAAAGUUCGUGAUGAAUUAAAAACUACUCAAUUACGUGUUAAUUGGAUAAUUUCAAUGUUUAUACUAUUUAUGGGAAUAGCACCAUUAUUUUGGGCAUCGUAUUCAGAUGCGUACGGGACAAGACAAAGAGUAUAUAUAGUAUCAUUGUCAAUGUUUGUCAUAUCAAGUGCAUAUUGUGUCUACGCGACAACGUUCGAGGAAAUUUUAAUCUUGCGCAUAAUACAAGCAUGCGGAUCUUCGGCAGUUAUAUGUGUUGGAGUUGGAACCCUUAGUGAUCUUUAUAUUCCUACUGGGAGAGCAGCAGGAUUUUUUUAUCUUGGAUUUUUUAUUGGAACAUUAGGCGGGCCCGUGAUAGGAGGAUUUAUAACAGAUUAUUUCGGAUGGAGAUAUAUAUUUUGGUUUUUAACAAUAUUUGGCACUAUAAUGUUAGUACUGAUAUAUUAUUUGUUGCCAGAAACUUUUCGUUUCAAAAGGUCCGAGAUCAUAAGGGCAGCAUCGUCAAGAAAAAUCUUUAACCCACUCGCACCACUAGGAAUGAUGUGUUAUGUGAAUGUGGUAUUUAUCUUGGGAUAUAAAAUAUUUGUCACCUCAAUAGUCUAUGUGCAAAACAUACUGAUUCCAACAAAAUUUACAGCAAAUUAUAAAUUGACGUCAACAUUGGUUGGAUUGGUUUUUUUGGCACCGGGGGCAGGGUUAAUGUUUGGUAGCGUUAUUGGUGGCAAAUGGUCAGAUUAUGUGUUGAAAAAAGCCAUUCAAAAGAACAACGGGGUUGCGUAUCCGGAAAUGAGAAUUUUUAGCUCAUGGGUUGGAGUUAUUUUGAUACCUUUAUCUUAUUUAAUCUACGGAUGGUUAUUGGAAGCUAAAGUUCAUAUUGUUUUCCCGUUGAUUUUUAUGUUUUCUGGUGGAUUUGGUACAAUGAUAGCAUUUAAUUCAUUGACAACAUAUUUAGUAGACUCGUAUCCAUCAAGAAGUGCAUCAGUUAUAGCAUUGAAUAACUUCUUGAGAUCAGUUUUAGCUGGUGGAAUGUCAGCAAUCGCUCAACCGAUUGAGACAGCUAUUGGGAGCGGAUUUACAUUUACAAUCAUCGUCUCGAUAAAUGUAAUCACAAUUAGUUUGUUGAUUGCUAUCUAUAAAAAAGGUAAAUACUGGAGAGAAAAACAGGAUAUUGCUGAACACUGA